AUGGAGGCUGAGGUUCGAGCGGCCGGGUCAAGCAAGGCCUUCACGCAGGCGAUGUAUGAUCUCGGCAAGCAGCUCCUCGAUAAAGCUCGGAAAGGUGAAACUGAUGAAGUACGCCAGCUCAUGGCCAACGGAGCCCCCUUCAUCGUGGAUUGGCUCGGAACUUCACCCCUCCACAUGGCAGCGGCCAGCGGGCAUGUCGAAACUUGUGAGAUCCUGUUGAGAGCCGGCUGUAUUAGGGACGCGAGGACGAAGGUGGACAAGACAGCCUUACACCUGGCCGCGUACCAGGGUCACAACGACGUCGUCUUACUUUUGAUAAAAUACGGAGCUCUCAUCGAGGCUCGAGACAUGUUGAGCAUGACCCCUCUGCAUUGGGCGGUGGAGAAGGGCCACAUCGAGGUGAUAAGGACCUUACUACAAUGCGGAGCCUCUUUGGACAUCACAUCAAAAUUCGAUCUGUCUCCGAUGGACAUCGCUAUGCAGAACGAGAGACAAGAAAUUGUUGAACUUUUGCAAGAAUCACUCGUCAGUCCUGCCGCGAUAAAUAACGCCGUCGCAUCAAUAUACUCCCCGCCCCACUCGACUAGCUCCGCGUCCAGAGAAGCCCCGGUCACCAUCACCGUUGGACCUAAGGUUUUGCGUACAUUCCCAGUGAAGAAGAACAGAACAAGUACAGAGAUCUUUGAAGUCUCGAUAAGACUUGUAUGGUCCGGAUAGCGGACGUUUCCUAUACCUCUCUGUCUCCCUCAGCAUAAGCAGACCGGAUCGAGUCGCAGCAGAGAUGCAACGUUGAGCGCCCUCGACGCCUUGGAGGAAGCCGCGGGGAAUGCUCAUGUCAGUGAGGAUGCCCUCCAGUUUCUUCAGGCGCAGGGCAUCAGCAUGCACGAUAGCGCGUUACAGGAUGAUGGCAGUAUUGUCACGAGUGCCUUGGAGACCGGACAGACUAUUUCCUUAAGCGACGCCGGACGCCUGGCUCUCAGAGGCGACCUGGCUUCGGAGAAGAUAAUCUUAGUGAACGCUAGCGAAAAGGAUGACAGGUUGUCGCUGCAAAGGGAACUAGAGGAAACGAGACGAGAAGCCGAACGUUACAAGAGAGCUCUCAAGGAAAAGGAACAGGAAGCCGAAGAAUACAAGAAACGAUUGAAAAUUGUAAAAGGAUCGUCUUCGGGAGCCGACUUCUGAGUAUCACUUGUUACCGGUCAGAGGGGCUGUGCUUAGCCGACGACCGAUGGAUUUGGCGGCUUGUGAAAUCGUUUCAUGUAUACUAUAAAUAUAAAUGUACAUUCAUCUCUUGUUUCCCAGCCGAGAAAGGUUCGGCCUCCUCGAGUAACUUGGGGCUUGCAAAUAAAAUCGCCGCUUGUUUCUCACAAA